AUGCGGUGCAGCCUAACUUCUCCUUCAAAACAAUGCUCUAUAUGUCAACGCCCAGCUUUUGGACAAAAUUAUGGCAGUUUCUCAUGUGACGCGUGUAAAAUGUUUUUCCGUCGAUGUAUCAUGCUUGACCUACAAUUUGAAUGUAUUUAUCAAAAACGGUGCUUUGACAAAUUCACAGAGCAUCGCCGUGUGCCCCGUUGCAAAGCCUGUCGAUUUCAAAAAUGUCUGGACACUGGAAUGUUCAUAAGACCAUCCACUCUUCCAAAAAUCGAGUCUCAUUCCGAACAUGCUUUGGUGGCAAUUUUGAGCCAACUCUCGUACCUGAAUGCUCGGAGAAUGACAGUUUUGCUGAACAAAUUUUCGUUUGAAAAUCCAAAAUUGCAAGAUGUGGCGAGGAGAAAAAAGUUGACAAUUGUUGACCAAAGUUCCGCCUAUGAUAUGUCGGACGCUGAUUGGAGGUUUUUCACGAUGUACACAACGAUAGAAUUCCUGCUCAACUUGGAUUUCAUGGAAAAAUUGGAGCAUUCGGAUAAGAUGGUUCUGCUGCAAAAUUUCUCUGCAAAAGCCACACUGCUAUUCAACUCACUGAGAACUGUACGCGGGAAUAAUGACCGUUUGACCACUCCAGGAGGCCAUGAAAUAGUACCAGAUCUUAUGAGCACACUGUUCAACGUGUCGCUGAGCUUUAUUCGCCAAAUACGCAGCCGAGUAGUUAGCAAGCUCAUAGAGCUCGAGAUCACCGAUGAGGAGUUCCUCCUGGUUACGGUUAUACUUUUUUGCGACCCAGCCAUAUCCGGGCUAUCAUCACAUGCUAUAUCGAUCCUAACCCCCUUAAGAAUAUGCUACACAUCUUGCCUCUUUCAACAUUGCCAAAUAACUUGCCAAAAAAACUUCCCAACCAAAUUUGUGGAUCUCCUCUCGCUAAGUCAUGUUGUGAACAAGAACAUUGAAGAUAUUCAAAGCCUGACAGUAAUUGUAAAAUUUUAUUUGAAAACUUCAGAGUGUAAAAAACUAUUCACAGAUAUUAUAUGAAUUUUUUUACAUUUAAUGGUUCCAUCCAUGAAAAUUUAAGUGAUGAAGUGUGUACU